AUGUCUGUGGUUAACACUCAAUCAGCUGCAGUUUACUUUCUCUAUGGAUAUGGUGGAACUAGCAAAACAUUUGUUUGGACAACCUUAUCAUCUGGUAUACGCUCCAAUGGUGGAAUUGUUUGUACAAUUGCUUCGAGUGGAAUUGCUUCAUUACUAUUGCCUGGUGGUCGGACCGCACAUUCCAAAUUUGCUAUACCAGUCCCUGCAACAGAAAAUUCAACAUGCAAUAUUCAUCAAGGCAGUGAGUUAGCUGAAUUAUUAAAGGUUACAAAACUAAUAGUUUGGGAUGAAGUUCCAAUGUGUCACAAAUUUCCAUUUGAGGCACUAGAUAAAAGUCUUAAAGACAUCAUGCAAAACAAUCUGCCUUUUGGAGGGAGAAUUAUGGUUUUUGGUGGAGAUUUCCGACAGAUCUUGCCAAUUGUUCCAAAAGGUAAUCGCUCAGACAUCGUCCAUGCAACUAUAAAUGCAUCAUACAUUUGGGACCAUUGCCAAAUUCUUAAACUUACAAAAAACAUGAGAUUGCUAUCAAAUGCUCCCCAACAGCCCAACAAUGAAGAACUCAAACAAUUUUCACAUUGGCUACUUGACAUAGGAGAUGGAAAAAUUGGACAAUAUAAUGACGGAUUUUCAGAAAUCACUAUUCCAGAUGAGUUUCUUAUAAAAAAUUAUGAUGAUCCUAUCCAUGCUAUUGUUGAAGCUACCUAUCCCAGCUUGAUAGAUAACUACAGUGACACAGAUUACUUGCAAAAAAGAGUUGUUCUUGCCUCUAAAAAAGAAAUUGUUGACAAAAUAAAUGAUUAUGUCCUAUCACUUAUACCCAAUCACGAAAAAGAGUAUUGCAGCGCAGAUAGUAUUGAUAAAUCAGAUGAAUUGCUCAAUCCUGCUUUUGCAUUAUUGCCACCUGAAUUCCUGUAUUCAUUGCAAACAUCAGGUAUACCUAAUCAUAAAUUAAAACUUAAGGUUGGAACUCCAAUCAUGCUAAUACGAAAUCUCGACCAAAUUGAUGGCCUGUGCAAUGGAACUAGGCUCAUUAUCACCAAACUCGGAUCUAAUGUGAUUGAGGCUGAAGUAAUUACUGGGCCUAAUUCAGGAAAUAGGACAUACAUACCCAUAAUAAAUAUGUCUCCUUCUGAAUCUCCAUGGCCAUUCAAACUUAUAAGGAGGCAGUUUCCAUUCAUAGUUUCUUAUGCUAUGACUAUAAACAAAUCUCAGGGACAAUCAUUACACCACAUAGGACUGUAUUUGCCACACCCAGUUUUUAGUCAUGGCCAACUAUAUGUUGCACUCUCAAGGGUUAAAAGCAAAGAUGGACUUCAUAUUCUCAUACAUGACAAUGACGGUAAUCCAAAAAAUAUUACCACUAAUGUUGUUUACAACGAAGUCUUUGCCAAUUUAUAA